GUGUUUUUCUUACGCGACAACUAUCCGACAAAUGCGUGAAUAACUACAGAUCUUCGUAUGGUCGUUAUAUGAUCCUAAGUGACGGUAACGGAUUUUCCAUAGUCGCCAAACCGACAACAACACGAAACAUCAUUGCUGGAACGCGCCCAUGCUAAGGCCAGGCCAGCAGAGGGAGUCUCGCCCACUUUCACGUGGCUUCUUGUCUCGCCGUGGUUAAUAGAUUCCAGCUGGUUUUGGAGUCACAGACCCACCUUUCCGAGAUCGCGUUCGUUGUGGGUUUAAAGAAACACACAUGUUGGUGUAAUUUACUGGUAUUUCGCACAUCAGCUUUCUUUUAAAAAUUCAUUACUAAAAAAAGGAGGCACUUGUCAAGUAAAGCGAAUCAAACGGAAUCAUCCGAACCGGCAGCGGGACGUGUGGGUGCAGACGGACUGACGGGCUUCUGAUCACUGGUUUGAGGAGGCUUUCCACUUUUGAUAAGCUUGACCACCACUACCUCCUACCCAGAACAAGAUGAGUUUCUUGCCCCCAGUACGAAGAGACCGUAUCAUUCCUAAUCUGCCUCAGUGUUACAUAAAGGAAGCAGCUCUGCAGUGCAAAGACACGUUCCACUCCAAAGUCAAGAGAGCCUGUCAGGAUCAGCGAACUGGUACAGUUGGCAGGUUUAAGAUUUCAAAGAUCAUUGUUGUGGGAGACUUGGCAGUGGGGAAAACCUGCCUAAUUAACAGGUUUUGUAAAGACACCUUUGAUAAGAACUACAAAGCCACCAUUGGUGUAGACUUCGAAAUGGAACGCUUUGAGGUCCUUGGGGUCCCAUUUAGCCUGCAGCUAUGGGACACUGCUGGCCAAGAGAGAUUUAAAUGCAUUGCCUCUACCUACUAUCGAGGAGCUCAAGCAAUCAUCAUUGUUUUUGAUGUGAAUGACAUUGCCUCUCUGGAUCACACAAAGCAGUGGCUUCUUGAUGCACUGAAAGAAAAUGAUCCUAAUAAUGUGCUGCUGUUUUUAGUUGGAACCAAAAAAGAUUUAAGCUCAGCUGCCCAGUAUAUGCGAGUUGAACAGGAUGCUAUCAAGAUGGCCAAGGAGAUGAAAGCUGAAUAUUGGGUUGUAUCAUCACUCACAGGGGAAAAUGUGAAUGAAUUCUUCUUUAGGGUCGCAUCCCUAACAUUUGAAACUUGUGUGCUGUCUGAAUUGGAGAAAUCCGAAUCCAGGCGCAUUGGAGAUGUUGUUCGGAUUAAUAGUAACUCACAUAAUCUGUACGAGACCAAGAAGAAUAAAGCAAACUGCUGCAAGUAACGAUCAAGACUGAAGUUUUUGCAUGCAGGUUAUGAGUACAGAGGACUGCAUCAAAAGCACUGGACAAAGUGUUUGUCGCACUGGAGCGGGAAAGAACAAUCUGCACUUUAUUAGCUUAUCACAAAAUUCAGCCACCACUCAAAGAGGACCAGAGGCAUUCAGAGUGUAGCUGUUCCCUUUUUGAGUUUGAUUAAAGCUUGUAAUGUUUCUAGUACUCCCUCCAGAAUAUGCUAAAAAGAGAAAUGCAUCUGCAAAGUAUUCCUUAAACAAUUGUGCAGCUGGUUCUGCGCUUCAGUGUUCUGUCGUCAACACAAAGUGAUAGGAACUGCCUUCUAACAGAGAAAGUAAGUCCCAUCUACUGUAAGUUGAUCUGAUAUCACAGAUGGACAUUUCUACACAAUUUCCACUGAACAACAAUUACUACUUUAUUGCAAAAAAUAACUAAAAAGGUGCUGCCUAUUGAAUAGGUUAACUGCAUAUGAAAAUUUAUUUUUGUCAAACUAUUGUAAUACAAGACAGAAAGAACUCUGUCCAAAGACCUCUCAUGUUUUAUAUGUUUUUGGUACAUUUUAUUAGUAGCCAGUGAUUUGUUUGCAGACUUUGCAUUUUAUAAAUAAAGAAAAAUGCCAAAAUUAGCAGCCUGUUUUGGUUUUAGGAUUUGAUUUGAUCUAUAAAUCACAGAUAAGUUACACCAGAUGUGAUAUAAGUAAAAGUGUAACACUUAUUUAACAGGGUAUGUGAUGUAUUUACAGUCUUCUCUGAAGUAUUAUUUGUUAUGUUGGUAUUAAUGUACUAGUUUAAUAUGACAGUAAAGCACUUUUUCAAAUGUUUUUUAAAUACACAAAGGUAUUUCAUUUAAUAGCCUGUCUGUAUAAUAGUGUCUUGAAAUAUACAAAAUCCCAAACAAGCGAGUAAGCCUAUUAAAAUAUGAGCACCAAAUCUUCUAUGAAUGCUGCUAUAAAACCGGGCACUACUUUAA